AUUUUUGAAGUGGUUGUGCAGUUAAAUGAACUCUUUAUACUUGGCAUGAAUUGAACUUUUUUCUUAGCUUUUGGAGAUCAAGAAAGUGCCUUCUUAUCUGGAUUUUGUUCCAAAAUCACCAUGAAAGUGAUGCUGUUGGAUUUUGGUGCAACCCCUUUUGGAUUUUCGUGCUCUUGUUCCAAAAUGACCAUCAAAGUGAUGGUGUUGGUGUUUCACUUUUUGCUACUACUGGAAAGCUGUUUCUGUGCUUUUAAUCUUCCAAUAUGGAAGAAGCAGUUAAAAUAUGGUUCCUCUCUUGUGUUCCCUUUAGCUGGAAAUGUAUAUCCUAAUGGGUAUUAUCAGGUGACCCUUGAGGUUGGCCAACCCCCCAAACCUUACUUUCUUGAUAUAGACACUGGUAGUGACCUAACUUGGCUGCAGUGUGAUGCACCUUGUGCAAAAUGCACCCCGGCCCCUCACCAUCUUUACAAACCACAUAACAAUGUUGUCACAUGUAAGGAUCCUGUAUGCACAUCCCUUCACUGGCCCGAGAACCAUCCUUGUCAUGACCCUAAUGAGCAAUGCGACUAUGAGGUUGCGUAUGCAGAUAAUGGUUCAUCCUUGGGAGUGCUGGUCAAAGACACAUUUCCACUAACAUUCACCAAUGGUAGCAUUGUUGCUCCUCAUCUAAUAUUUGGUUGUGGUUACAGUCAAGAAGUGCCAGCUUCUACUCAUACACCUUUUACGGAUGGAAUUCUUGGUCUUGGCAAUGGAAAAUCAAGCAUCGUAUCACAAUUGAGUGGCUUGGGUCUUAUCAGAAAUGUAGUGGGUCACUGUUUAAGUGGGCAAGGUGGAGGGUAUCUUUUCUUCGGUGAUGAUGUUCUUCCCUCUUCUGGAAUUGCUUGGAGACCAAUAGAGAAAACAUAUUCGGAAAAGCACUACUCUUUGGGACCAGCAGAGCUCUUAUUUGACCGGCAGGCCACAGGAGUCAAGGGUCUUCCAAUUAUUUUUGACAGUGGAAGUACCUUCAGUUACUUUAGUUCAAAAGCUUAUGAUAUUUUGCUAUCUUCAAUAAAGAAAAACAUAAAUGCAAAGCAGCUGACUGAUGCAGCGGAUGACAAAAGCCUUCCCGUCUGCUGGAGUGGCUCCAAAUCCUUCAAAUCUGUUAAUGACGCCACAAUCUACUUCAAGCCAUUUACACUGAGUUUCAUGAAAGCCAAGAAUGUUGAGUUUCAGCUUCUGCCUGAGGCUUAUCUUAUUCUUACUGAGCAUGGUAAUGUAUGCCUGGGCAUACUGAAUGGUGCAGAAGUUGGAUUAGGAAAUUAUAAUCUGAUUGGAGAUAUUUCUCUACUAGACAAAAUGGUGAUAUACGAUAAUGAGAGAAAACAGAUUGGAUGGCUUCCAACAAACUGCAACAAACUACCCACCAGUCAUGAUUAUGGGGAGGAAUAUUAUGAUGCAUACCCUACCAACAUAGGCAUAUACGAAAGGGAUAUGUCCUGCAAAGUUUGACUCUUUGAAGCAGAAGGCCAGAAAUAAGGUGACGAAGUGAGAUGCUAAUGUGGCUUUGAUGCCAUUUUCUGUAAAUGUUUAGAGUAACAAGUAUAAUUGACCAGUCAUUGAGAAUACAAAUAUAUUACUGAAAUGUUCCUUAUGACCUACACCAAAGUAAUCGAGUUUAUCCCAAAUACAUACAA